AUGUUCCAUCAGGGUCUCCACGUUGAGCGUCACUUCAGCACCUCACGCUCGCUGUCAGGCUUAUCCCACAAUCUUCUUUCUCCCUCAGACUCGUGCAAGACCUCGUAUGUCUCGGAAUUUGCGUUACCGGUCACAUCCGAGAAUCUUUCAAAGAACACCAAUACCACAUGCCCUCUCUUCCGAUUGUCGCUAGAACUUCGGAUCCUCAUAUACGAACAUCUACUGGCGCACUUGGCGACGAAUCUCGACUCCAUAGAUGCCGGCGACAUUGGAUCACGAUAUGAGGAAGUACAUCUGAAUCGUGAACCUAAGGACAGUGGCAAAGGUGGCCUUUCUAUUCUGCGCACGAACAAGCGCAUCAGCAACGAGGUUCUGGACGUCCUAUACUGCCGACCUUUCUCCCUCAAGCUUAGUUCAUUGAAUCGCGAUAUUCCUGUACUGUGGAUGACACCUGGGGUCUGGCCGAGGAUCACGAGGCUACUUUUCAUUGUUGAUGUAAACGACGUUGUUAGCACUGAGUGUGGAGAGGCCAAUUGGAGGCUAAAGAAGAUACUCACUAACGUCAAGAGGAUCGACAUGAUCGUCGUCAACCCACAUGCAGAUCGCGCUGUCGUCGGAUUCGAAAACAAGCAGCAAAAAGGUGUCAAUGAGUGGGAGCGUAGGUUCAUCGAACUUCUUGAGCUGCUCUGGACCCACACACCCUGGGAUUCUGUGUUUAUGAUCGACGUUGAUGGAAUAGGAGAAGUCAGAGAUAUCGUUCGCUCCGCCUUCGAAGGGAGCCCGGACAGAUGUCGCAUUGGUCCCUUCAAGGCCGGGGACAUAUACUUCAAUCGAGCUAUAAGUUCUAACACGGUGCUGCAACGCUCGCUGCUGAUGAAACACGAGAGCCGACUUCGAUAG